AUGGCAACUAAGCCAACACACGUCUCGGACGUCCCCUCGAAUCCGCAGUCGGGGAAACAUCAGAUUAACCUCAUUCGCGGUUGGCCAAAUCCAGGUCUUCUACCUGUUGAUCUAAUUUCAGCUGCUGCCCAGCGCAAUCUCGCUGACCCAGAGAUCUAUGUCCCGGCGCUACAAUACGGCGCGGACGCGGGAUAUCAACCACUACGCGAGGCCCUAGCAACAUGGCUUUCGGAGCAUUACAGCGUCAAGCGUGAUCCGGACCGUAUUUGCAUCUCGGGCGGUGCGAGUCAGAAUGCCGCAUGCAUUCUACAGAGCUUCACAGAUCCCAACGUCACACAAGCUAUAUGGUGCAUUUCACCAUCUUAUCACCUUAUUUUCCAAGUCUUCCGUGACAACGGCUUUGACGGACGGUUGAGAGCAACGCCAGAAGAUGAGGAGGGUGUUGAUAUCGAGGCAUUGGAGGCCAAACUUGCUGAGUUCGAGAAACAUGCGCCAGAAGCAAAGUCUCCUUUGAGCGAUGCUGGAAAGUACCGCAAACACUACCGUCAUGUCAUCUACGCUGUACCGACAUGCUCCAACCCCUCUGGCAAAACCAUGUCUCUGCGCCGUCGAGAAGCCCUCGUUCGACUUGCGCGGAAGUACGACGCUCUCGUCAUUUGCGACGACGUCUAUGACUUCCUCCAAUGGCCCAUCGACAGCGACCCCAGCAAAGUAUCUGCCAGUGUAAACGGCAACGAGCACCCCGAAAUGUUGCUCCCUCGCCUGUGCGAUAUUGAUCUCGCAAUGGGCCGCGCGGACAAUGAUCCCCAAGGCUUUGGUCACGCUGUGAGCAAUGGCUCGUUCAGCAAACUUGUUGGGCCGGGAUUGAGAACCGGUUGGCUCGAAGGCUCGCCUGCGUUUGCUCACGGGCUUGCACAAACGGGUUCUACGAAGUCUGGUGGAUCGCCCAGUCAGUUCUGUGCAUCUCUGUUGGCCGACCUGGUUCAGUCUGGGUCUCUCCAGGAGCGAAUUGCUACGACACUACGACCUCAGCUUCAGCAUCGACAUCGUCUGAUGAUGGAUGCCAUACACAAGCAUCUCGAACCUCUGAAUGUUGGUAUUCGAGAUGCUGGUCUCGUUAACGGCGGCGUCUACGGUGGAUACUUUGUCUGGCUCACAUUAGAGAAGGGUCUUUCAGCCAAGAUUGUUUCCCAGGCUGCAAUUGACGAGGAGAACCUAGUCCUUGGAAACGGGACAAUGUUCCAAGUGCCUGGUGAUGAGAAAGCUGUUGAAUUGGACAAUGCAGUCCGGUUGACCUUCGCAUAUGUGCCUGAGAAGGACUUGGUAGAGGGAGUAGAGAGACUGGCAAGCGUGCUGCAGAGGAUAAAGUCCAACCCAGAAAAGUACAGAUCGCUCGCCAGCUCGGCGACAGACAGUGAUCUCAUAGAUGCAAACAAGUAA